GCUGGAUCAUUGUGAUUCUACGUUACUGCUGCUUUUUAUGUCAGUUUAAAGUCUUUAAGAAUAAUUGGCAUUUGCUCUUAAAGCUCAAUUUUCUUACAAAAAAAAGUUCCAGAAGCACUUAUAUCUUCAACAGUCUCCUGUCUCCCGUCAUUUUGUUUUUAUUUUUUUCUUCUCAUCUCUCUCCUUUCCAUAUACACAGAAAAGGUACUUGGAUAGCUCCUCGAAGAUCUUUUUGGUUGAAAACAUAUUGUUAUUGCUUAAAUUUGCGUUUAUAAACCUGCUCUGGCAACAUGGUGUCAAGAUCUUGCAUAAACUUGGUGGACUUAGCAUCUAGUGACAUGUUUAGUAUCCCUCAAAAUCUAAGAGUACUCCCUCGAGUGAUGACUGUUCCAGGAAUUAUUUCUGACAUUGACGAUGAUAAUGCUUCCUCACCUAUGUCCCGUAAGAAAAAGAUUAUAGUGGCAAAUUUCCUUCCUUUACAUGCUGAAAAGAAUUUGAAAUCUGGAAGGUGGUCCUUCAGUUUUGAUGAGGACUCACCUUUUUUCCAAAUUAAGGAUGGCUUCUCAUCUGAUUUCGAUGUUUUCCACGUGGGGUCCCUGAAGGCUGAUGUAGAUCCAAUAGAACAAGAAGAGGUUGCGCAGAUACUACUUGAGGAAUUUAAUUGUGUGCCCACAUUUCUUUCUUCUGACACCCAGAAGAAGUUCUAUCAUGGGUUUUGUAAGCAAUACCUGUGGCCACUUUUUCAUUACAUGCUGCCCAUCUGCCCAGACCUUGGCAAUCGCUAUAAUGACUUGCAGUGGCGAGCCUAUAUUUCUGCUAAUAAGAAAUUUGCUGAUAAGGUCGUGGAGCUGUUAAAUGCUGAAGAUGAUUAUGUAUGGGUUCACGACUAUCACCUUAUGCUUGUCCCUAUAUUCUUGAGGCGGCGUUUCAAUAGAAUUAAGUUGGGAUUUUUCCUCCACAGCCCAUUCCCUUCAUCAGAAAUAUAUAGGACAUUGCCUACUAGAAAAUUCAUUUUGAAAGCACUUCUAAAUGCAGAUUUAAUUGGUUUUCAUACAUAUGAUUAUGCUAGUCACUUUUUAUCUUGUUGUGGUAGGAUGCUAGGCCUGCACUAUGAAUCACAGCAGGGUCAUAUUGGACUUGAAUAUCUGGGUCGCACAAUAUACAUCAAAAUCUUGCAUGUGGGGAUUCAUAUUGGUCGACUUGAAUCUGCGUUAAAUCAUCCUUCAUCUUCUAUCAAGGUUAAAGAGAUCCAAGAGCAAUUCAAGGGGAAGAAAAUUAUUCUUGGUGUUGAUGAUAUGGACAUAUUUAAAGGUAUCAAUUUAAAAUUAGAAGCCAUGGAACAGCUUUUGCAGAUGCAUCCUGAGUUUUGGGGUAAACUAGUGCUGAUUCAAAUUGUAAAUCCUGCAAGGACCACAGGUAAAGAUGUUGAGGAAGCAAAAAGGGGGAUGUAUAUGAUGACUGAAAGGAUUAAUGAAAAAUAUGGUUUUUUAGACUAUAAACCUGUGAUUUUGAUUGACAGACCUGUACCUCUUCAUGAGAAGACUGCCUAUUAUGCUUUGGCAGAGUGUUGCAUUGUUAAUGCAGUGAGGGAUGGUAUGAACCUAAUGCCAUACAAGUAUACUGUCUGUAGGCAGGGAACUCCAAAGUCGGAUGAAGCUUUGGAAAUGGCCUCUGGGUGCCCACGUACAAGUACACUUGUUGUUUCCGAGUUCAUAGGUUGCUCACCAUCCCUAAGUGGGGCGAUUAGGAUCAAUCCUUGGGAUAUUGAUGCUGUAGCUGAUGCACUGCAUCUAGCCAUCAGUAUGCCUGAAGCAGAGAAGCAGUUGCGGCAUGAGAAGCACUAUCAAUAUAUUAAGUCUCAUGAUGUUGCUUAUUGGGCUCAAAGCUUCAUGCAGGAUUUGGAGCAAGCAUGCAAAGAUCACUAUAGUAAACGCUGUUGGGGCAUGGGCUUCGGUUUGGAUUGUAGAAUAUUGUUCCUUUCUCCAUAUUUUAGGAAGCUAUCUCGUGAACAUAUUUGUUCUGUAUAUAAAAGAACAUCUAGAAGGGCAAUAUUCUUGGACUAUGAUGGCACUGUGGUGCACCGCUCUUCCAUUGCAAACCCCCCCUCUGCUAAAUUCAUUUACCAUCUGAACUGUAUCUGCAAUGACUCUAAAAACACUGUGUUCAUUGUUAGCGGUAGGGGGCAAGACUCUCUGUGUAAAAUGUUUUCGGAAUGCCAAAAUCUCGGUAUCGCAGCGGAGCACGGAUACUUCAUGAGGUGGACUAGAGAUUCCAAAUGGCAGAUCAGUCACCGAGCUGCAGAUUUUGCGUGGAAAAAUAUUGCAGAACCUGUGAUGCAAUUAUAUACAGAGACAACUGAUGGUUCCUAUAUAGAAACGAAGAAAACUGCCUUGGUGUGGCACCAUCAAGAUGCUGCCUCUGAUUUUGGAUCGUGCCAGGCCAAGGAGCUAUUGGAUCAUCUUGAAAGUGUCCUUGCAAAUGAGCCAGUUGUUGUUAUGAGGGGUCAUGAUAUAGUUGAAGUGAAGCCACAGGGAGUCACUAAAGGAUUCGCUGCAGAGAAAGUACUUAGUUCAAUGAUCAGUAAUGGGAAAGUUCCUGAUUUUGUGCUGUGCAUUGGGGAUGAUAGAUCCGAUGAGGACAUGUUUGAAAGCAUAUUGAGCUAUUGUUUAUCACUUGAUGCACCUCCAGAGAUUUUUGAUUGUACAGUUGGUCAAAAGCCGAGCAAAGCUAGGUACUACCUGGAUGAUAUCACAGAUGUUCAUGCAAUUAUUGAAAGUUUGGGAGAUGAAUCCGUGUUUAAAUUGUGGAGAUAAUAAAUCCAAGUUUCUUCGCUCAAUGCUCCUUGAUUUUCCUGAGUAAUGCUAUCCGUGCUCACUUAAUAAGUAGGAUUAGAAGAACAAAGGAUCUGCCAUUGGUGGGUGGACAUUUGAUGCUGACUUUAACGAUUCUUUCCUGUGUUGAACAAGGGGCUUCUCUCGAAGUUGGUUGUCGAGGCGAAGUUUGUGAUGCAGCUCGAGGUUGUUUCUUUCUUUCUUUUCUUUUCUCUUCUAGGAAUGGAAAGAUAAAUGGUAGGGAUAAAUGGCGAAUUAGGUGGCUUCAAGACAAAUGUAGGUUAGGUGAACAGGGAAUAACAUUAAUCUAGUUUACAGAGAGAUUCAGAUGGUGAUGACAGGUUUGUAUACAUGGAAAAGCCAUGGAAGAUGACUUUGUGGCCAUACGAACUGUUAUAUUUAUCUCAAUUAAUGUUUGGUUUGCUUUCAUUUUGGGCAUUGUAAUUAGCAUAAUAUGAAGUUCUAUAUAAUUUUACAGUAA